AGAGAGCACUCUGAAUUGUGAGUGGCUUACGACACUCAGUGAACAGAAGGUGCUUCUGCAUGCGCUGUCAGUGUACUGGUCUGCUGCAAGGGAUUGCUUGCUCUUUCGCUUCCCACAUUUACCGCCCCUGCCUGCCGGACCAGCACCAGCCUCCAGCAGCCUCUUCCAGCUGGCUGACAAAACAUUUGGAGAGCAAAGGAGUGAACAAAACCUGCGAACCACAGGGGAUGCACGUCGCCUAUAAACAGAUACCAGCCACUGGGAUGACAAGGAAUGCUGUUACACAAGAAAACUGAGAAGAGGAGUCACCUCUGCAAUAUAUUUUUUUCUUGCUUUCGUCACAGGAGACACGAUUAAGAGAUAAAUGGAUGUAAACCUCAAAGGACAGUGAUUUCUUGCUGAGACGAACAGCAAUACAUUUCAACGGCUCAGCUGAAACUUAAUCAGAGAGGAGGAGAAAAGACCGACACUCAGAAAUUCUUCUUCAUCGGUUUUUCUUGUUGCUUUGGUUGUCUCUUCUUGCCUCUGAUCCUUGCAGCAGAAGACUGCAGAGGAGCAAAAGAGACAGAGCUCAUGCAUGCAGACAGGGGAACUUGCACUUCCUACCAUCUCGCUGAAAGCUACUUGGAUUCUUCCUCUUUCUGGCUCUUUCACUUGAAGAGAACUAAGACAUUGUAAGCCUGCCAAGGAUCUGGUGUCCACUGAAAAGAGAAAAGGCGGGGGGGGGAUGUGUGCCACAGUGGGGUCUUUUUCAGAUUCGUACAUAAUUAGUGUUGGGGCACAAAGCAAAAUGCUAAAUGGAGAUUGUCAGCUUUUGGAUAGGGGUGAGUAAGAAUCAUUUUGAAUAAGAGUGACUGGAAAAGACAGUUUCAUUUUUCAUCCCCUAUACUCUCCACCCACUGCCCAAUAUCUCUCAUUGGCAAAACAGAACUGCUCUUUAUUUUUCACAUUUUGGACAAAAGACUUGUAUUGGACUGUAUAAAAUAAAUAUAUCCAUUUCUGCAAAUAAAAUACAAAGACCAAAUGAACUCAACAGUUUAAUCACAUAGGUUGAAAAAAUGAUCUGAAAGGUGCAAAAAUAAUAUCCAGAGUGGUUCAAUGGACAUUUUCUCCCUGACAUUCCUGGAUAUUUAUGCUAAUGGAUUUCCUCCUAAUUGGACUGUACUUAAAGUGGCCACUGAAGAAACCCCCCGGGUUGAUACUGUGUUCAUUGGGUAUUUUUCUGAGAACUGUUUCCUUGGCAGAGGCAGUUUGUCCAAGGCUGUGCCGCUGCGACAGCAAGCUGCUGUACUGCGAGGGGCUCAACCUCACAGACAUCCCCCGCAAUCUGAGCAGUGCCAUGGGCCUGUCUAUGAGAGAGAACAACUUGACCGAGCUGCGUGAAGGCCAACUAGCUGGUCUGUCACAGCUAACCUGGCUUUAUCUAGAUCAUAACAACAUUGACAUUGUAGAGGAGGGUGCAUUUGAAAGGCUGAGACGGGUCAAGGAGUUGGACCUGAGCAGCAAUCGGAUUGAGAGUCUGCCAAACGGUACCUUCAGGCCCCUCCCAAACCUACGCAUUUUGGAUCUCUCAUACAACAGGCUGCAGGCACUCGAGCCCGAUCUGUUCCAUGGCCUUAGAAAGCUUACCAAUUUGCAUUUGCGCUACAACACUCUAAAAUUUGUGCCAGUGCGUAUUUUUCAAGACUGCAGGAGCAUGCAGUUUCUGGACUUGGGAUACAACCAACUACAGAGCCUGGCAAGGAAUUCCUUUGCUGGUCUUUUCAAGUUGACUGAGUUGCAUCUUGAGCACAAUGAGUUGGUCAAAGUCAACCUAGCCCAUUUUCCUCGUCUUAUCUCUUUACGUACCCUUUACAUGCACAACAAUCAUGCCACAAUUGUUGUCAACACUCUGGAGUGGACCUGGCAUUUUUUAGAGAAGAUUGACCUGUCAGCCAAUGAAAUCGAGUACAUUGAGCCACAUGUUUUUGAGAGUACUCCCAACCUGAAGGCGCUGAUGCUUGACUCCAAUCGCUUGACUUCUUUGGACCAACGCAUCCUGGAUUCGUGGUCGUCUCUGGACAGCAUUACCCUGGCAGGCAAUGACUGGGAGUGCAGCCGCAAUGUGUGUGCCUUGGCCUCUUGGCUGAGUGCCUUCAGAGGCCAGCGUGACAGCUCCCUGCUGUGUUCAAGCCCCGACACUGCACAGGGUGAGGAUGUGUUGGAUGCAGUCUAUGCUUUUCAGCUAUGUGAUUCGUCGGCAGAGGUAACCACAGCAGGCCUGUAUUCAUCAACAAGGGAUCUGGCCAAGGGUGGCUCUGUGUUUCUGGGACCUUUUACCCCAAAUCCCUAUGAAGGUGAGGGUAGUGAGGUCGUCACAAGUUCUUAUACUGUCACAGUGGGCCACGACGACCUGGAAAGCACCAUGCAGAUCCAUAAGGUAGUGACUGGCACCAUGGCACUCAUCUUCUCCUUUCUCAUCGUAGUUCUCAUUCUGUACGUGGCAUGGAAGUGCUUUCCAGCUGGAAUAAGGCAACUGAGGCAGUGCUUCAGCAGUCAGCGUCGUAAGCAGAAGCAAAAGCAAAGCAUGCAGCAGAUGGCUGCAAUUUCUACACCGGAGUACUAUGUUGACUAUAAACCUAAUCACAUUGAGGGAGCUCUGGUUAUCAUUAAUGAAUACGGCUCUUGCACUUGCCAACAGCAACCUUCACGAGAAUGUGAGGUGUGACUGUGCUUUUUGACUACGUCUUUACCUGUGAUUAUGUGGAUAUACAGUAAAUCCCUUUUUGGAUACUAAAGAGAGGGAGAUGUUGUAGAACAAAAGGGAAUUAUUUCAUCUUUUUGACACUUUUUACACAGCUUUUCACUGUGAUGUAGAAGGAGUAUGCUUUACAUGGCUGACUAUGGUGGAUUUAUUGCUACUGCUCUCUCCUGCUAAUUUGAAAUCAAAAAGCAUAAAGGGCACCUGGCAAUGGGACGUGUUGAUGCUCUGACGAAAAACAGAAAGGAAUAUGUUUUGUGUACUGGGAGCUUUUCUCUCACGGAAGGAUAUUUGAGCUUUAAUGUGUCUUUCUAUUUCAGAACAUUUAAAUAUUGUUUAAAGAUAAACUGGAGACAAACAAGAUGAGAAAAAAUAAGGAAAAGAAAAUGAGAAACCAUUUGUAUUAUGGUGCAUACAAUAUUUGAAGAGCAUUUAAAAUAUAAAAAAAACUGUUUAAUUAAAAAUGUAAAAAUAAAAGUCUGUAAAAUAUGCUAAAAGAAGUGCAAGUGUGGAGAAAUUGAAAAAAAAAUGAAUCUAUUUCUUUUGUAAAGUACAAAAAAUGUUUAAAUAAAUGAACCACUAUUCACAGUACACUCAUUUUGUAUGUGAUAAGCCUGUCCCAGUGGAAGAACGAAAAUAGAUGUAGUCUUUGUGCUCCUGGACAAGAGAGCCAUGAUUCUACAGUGUACCAAACCAAAAGAAAAAAAAAAAAAAAAGAGGAAAAAGAAAUUUAUGAAAUACUGGGGAAAAAAAUAAAAAUGAAAGAGA